GAUGAAUGUACUCUACCAUCUAUAUCCUGUGCAAUGCAACUUGGAGAUGUCCCACCUUGUGAUGAGCAGAAUGCGACUGCAGUUGUAUGUUCAGUGUCCCAAACAGUUGAACCUGCACUGUCCUACCAAUCUGAUCAUGAAGCAAUGGUCUCUGAGCCUGCUGUGCAAGUGCAUCUGUCACCGCCCUCUAAUUCACCUCGUAGCUUUAAUGCAGCUGCUGUACCUUUUGUUGGGGAAGUUGCAAAUUUGCCAAGUAGUGAAGGUUGUACCUUUAAUCCGGCCACAGAACUUGUUAUGAACCCUCCUCUCGUGUUAAACCAAUAUGUUUUACAACCUUCAACUUCUUCCUCAAAUCUACCCAUUGGUGCAUCAGGAAUGCAUUUUCCUAACUUGAGGACUUCUGUUGCUUUUGAAUUCAAUAACCGUCCUGCAGAAGUCGUACCUGCAAUGCCCUGGUUACCUGCACCUCAGCACCAGGACUCACUUAAGAAGGAAUUAGAACGGUUAUGUAAAGAAUUUGACCAAACAUGUAAAGGUUUUGAAGAUAAGAAGCUGCAUCUGAAAGCCGAGGGCGACAAGGAGAUUGCUCAAAUUCUCCUUAAGUAUGAACUUAAGCAACGGGAGGUUGAUGCUGAAAUUUUUUCCAAAAAGAAGGAGUUUGAUGAUAUUCGUAACAAAGUAGUCAUGAAUAAAAUGUUGGCUGAAGCAUUCAUGUUUACAUGGAUGGAAUUUAUGCCAUCUGGUAUACCAGGAACACAACAAGAUAUAAAUGUUGGUUACAUGCAGCAGCCGAUUCAGCUAUCAAUGCAACAAAGUGCACAAAGGCCUUUGCUAGCUGCCAGAAUGUCUGCGGCCAGCACUGCUGCUGCUAGCCUGCAGACUUUACCUCCUGAGCCGCAGACAACCGUACCUGCAUCAGUAAUCAACCCACACAGCAUACCUCCUCCAGUGCAAGGUGCUAGCGCUAUGUCUGCCCUCUUUCCAAGUGCUAUUGCAAGACCCCCGCAGAUGAGCUCCCUCUCCUAUUCCUAUGGAAACCCACUAGGUGGUGCUGAAAUUCGUGCCCGCCCUCCACAUCUCCGUGGUUCAGCACCCACAACAAGUCUUCCUCCUCGCCCCCAUAGAAUGUCGACUCUGCCACCAACAAAUGCCUCGGCCACACAGUCAAACGCGCUACCAGUACCAUGUUUUCCACUUCCAUUGCCAUCUUCCACAAAUCAGUCCGGUUGCUGUGAUGGUACCCUUCGUCCUGAAACUUCCAGAGGUUCGCAUGCUCUUCCCAACAUAUUAUCUGCUCCGGAGUUAGUUAGGAAUGUUGUCCGCCCACCUGCAGCUUCACCAUCAUUGACAGAUUGGCUUUCAAACACUGGCCAGUUAAAUACCUCUGACUUUAUGGCAAGUAGUGCAUCGGUUAACCCGGUUGGUACAAGUGCACCGACUGAAGUAGUAUAUUUGUCAGAUGACGACUAACCAUGAUGUCUAGCUGGUUAAAUUAACACUGACCCAACAUGGUUUUUGGUACUCUGGGUUGUGGGAAUUUUUUUUGUACUUACAUAUGUGAAAGGGAAGAAAUAGCAGACACUUUAACUUCCCCAAGCCCUUUGUAAUUUUUUACAUUAUCAAAUUAUUAUGUAUAAAUAUAAACACUUUAACUUCCA